AUGGCAACGAUCCCUCUCGGCUUGUAUCUCUGGAAGAGGAUCCACCAAUGCGGCAUCAAUCACAUCUUCGGUGUACCGGGAGACUUCAAUCUGACCUUGCUCGACUACAUUUAUGAUGUCGAAGGACUAGAAUGGGUUGGCAACACCAACGAACUCAACGCUGCAUAUGCUACCGACGGCUAUGCUCGUACAUCUGAGAACGCUGGGUGCUUCGUCACAACUCAUGGCGUCGGCGAGCUUUCUGCUCUUAACGGUGUAGCUGGAUCGAUGACCGAACAAGUCAAGGUCAUUCACGUCGUUGGUCAGACUUCACGCCAGAUGCAAAAGAACAACAUGAUGAUCCAUCAUUCCAUCGGCUUCAAUCCAGAUCACCAAGUCUUCAACAAAGCAUCCAAGGACUUCCGAGUCGCUGCAGCCGAGCUUCAAAGCGAAAAGGGCGCGACUGAGGAGAUCGAUCGUGUGCUGCGGGAGUGCUGGGUUCAGUCAAAGCCAGUCUACAUCUUCUUUCCCAUCGAUCUGGUCGAUCUCCAUGUCUCGGCAUCCGCGCUGGACAGGCCUCUAGAUCUGACGCCGAGCGCUGACCAGAGCAAGAUCGACGAAGCAGUCAACGCUAGCUUAGAAGCACUUUAUGCAAGUCAGAAUCCAGCCUUGUAUGUCGACUGCCUGGUUCAGCGACAUCAAGCAACCGACGAAAUGCGCGAGCUAGCAGAUAAGCUAUCGAUCCCGACCUUCCACUCCAACAUGGGAAAAGGCAUCGUCGACCAACGGAAACCAUAUCUCGUGGGCUGGUACAACGGCCACGUCUCACCACCCGGCGUUCAAGCAGCUUUCGAGCAGAGUGACUUCCUGUUCGUUGCUGGCAACCUCCCAUCCGACACCAACUCCGGCGGCUUCACACGCAAACUCACUCCAGCAAAAUCCUGCUCCAUUGACCCCGAAAGCGUAACUAUCAAGGGCAAAGAGUACCCCGGCGUACCUAUCAAAGCCUUUCUCCGCUCCUUCAUCAGAUCCCUUGAUCAGAACAAACUCCCCAAAGCCACUCUUCCUCGCCUUCCCUCGCCAGAACCAGAAACCGACGCGGACUCCAAAGCGAUUACUCAAUCCUGGGUCUGGCAACGCAUAGCCGAUUCUCUCCACGCUAACGACGUAAUCUUCGGCGAGACCGGUACCGCCGCCUUCGGAAUUCCAGAUACCGUCAACUGGCCCGAAAACGUAACCUGGAUAACGCAGACCUACUACGGUUCGAUCGGGUAUGCCACGCCUGCCGCCUUUGGCGCAGAGAUCGCUCUUCGAAAUCGACCUGAAGCGAAGCAGGCGGGAGGAAGAACAGUCCUAGUAACAGGCGACGGAAGUAUGAUGCUCACCGUGCAAGAAAUAGGCAACAUGGUGAAACACAACCUCGCUCCCAUAAUCAUCAUAAUAAACAACAGCGGCUACACCAUCGAACGGAUAAUCCACGGUGCUCGGCAAAGCUACAACGAUAUCGUGCCCUUCGACUACGCACACCUCCUUCCCUUCUUCAACAUGCCUGCCGAAGAAGCGAAGAAGAAUUUCCAUAGGGCGACUACGAAGGUGGAGUUGGAGGAUGUGUUGAAGAAGGAGGAGUUGGUAAGGCCGAAGGUGCUGCAGGUCGUGGAGGUGGUGAUGGAUAUGAUGGAUGUGCCUUGGGGUUUACCGACGCAGUUGGCGAUUAGGGGACCAGAGGUGGUGAAGGAGAUGCGGGAGGCGGGGUUUAAGUUGCCGAGGGGAAUGCAGAAGCAGGAGGCGUAG